AUGGCCUCCUCCUCAUCAACAACAACAACAACAACUACCACCCUACGUAUCGCCAUUGUCGGUGCUGGUCCUGGCGGCCUUGUCCUCGCCCGUCUCCUUCACCUCGCCAGCAUUCCAUUCGUGCUCUAUGAGGCCGAGCCAUCGCGCAACAGCAGAGAGCAGGGUGGUUCUCUCGAUUUGCACGAAGAGUCCGGACAACUCGCACUCCAAGCAGCUGGUCUCUAUUCAGAGUGGAAGGAAAUCGCCCGCAGCGAAGGCGAAGACAUGCGCGUGGCCGACAAACACGGAAAGCUAUUCAUGGAAGAGGUCGAUAUAGAAGGGCGCAAUAGGCCGGAAGUGGAUCGUAUACAGCUGCGCGGAUUGCUGCUCGAUUCGUUGCCCGAGGGUGCGAUACAGUGGGGGCAUAAAGUGCGCUCGAUAUCCCCAAGCAGCAAUGGCAACGGCAAGCAUGAGAUCCAUCUCCGAACCACUUCUAACACCCGGACGGAAAUUUUCGAUCUUGUGGUCGGCGCAGAUGGCGCCUGGUCCAAAGUCCGCCCCCUCCUCUCAGAUACCAAACCUCACUAUUCUACAAUCUCCUGCCUCGACACGCGCAUUCGCUCCGUCGACACCCUGCAUCCUGCCAUCUCAAAGCUUGUGGGUCAGGGAGUCUAUCUCGCAUUCUCGGACAAGAAAGGCUUGGUGGGGCAGCGCAAUGGCGACGGCUCGAUCCGCACAUACAUCAUGUUGCAGAAGCCCGAGACGUGGUUGAAAGAUGUGGGUGUGGAUUGGUCCGAUGCGAUCGCAACCAAGAAGUAUAUGCUGGAAGAGGAGUACAAGGAUUGGGAUGAUGAGUUGAAAAGUCUAAUCACUCACGCGAACCCGGACAUCGUGGCCCGCCCUUUCUACAUGCUCCCCACCGACUUCUCGUGGACCUCGAGACAGGGUCUCACUUUGCUGGGCGAUGCGGCGCACCUGAUGACCCCAUUCGCAGGCGAAGGGGUCAAUCUGGCCAUGGUCGACGCUUUGGAUCUGAGCAAAGCGAUUGUCAAAGCUAGCGCAGAAGACGAGAAGACGGAGCUCUUUGACGCGAUCAAGCACUUUGAGACAACCAUGCUAGAGAGGAGCCACGAGAAGAUGGAAGAGACGUGGCGGAACUUGGAAUUGUUUUUCAAGCCGGAUGCGCCGAGGGAAUUCGUGCAGGCUUUUGAGGAAAUGAUGGCGGCGCAUGGUCCGCCGCCUGAGGUGCCCAAGGGUUAUUCUUAG